AUGCAGCAGAUGCGAACAACAAGCGACUUGGAGGUGGCAAGGAUUAUGGAGCGUCGACCACAGCCACAUGUCUACCGAAACCAUCUUCCCUCGCCCCUGCCACCUCCAGUGUCACCACCUGUAGCAUCUACUGCGAAAGGGGAGGGCUGUCAUCUGACUAUACGGAAUCCUUACUUCAUGACGGCGGCCAGCCAUCCCGGUUGUUCUUGCCCUUACCUGAAGAAUGAAAACCACUGGCACAGUCUGGAGCAAUGUAGCUGUCCCCAUGAAGAUCUUCAUGCUCAUUUUGAAACGAAGAACAUUGAGAAUAUCGUCGCAAUGCUACCGAGCCGAGAGACAGAUAUCCUUGACGAUCUGGUGGAUAGUUCAUCCAGUUCUGAGGCGAGUGAUGUCUCGGAAGUGUCGCCAAGGCAUAUUGUAACGUUGCACAGGGCCUCGGCACUUCCCAAUAAAUUUACCAGUCAAAGACAAAUUUCUGACGAGGAUGAACCGAUAAGCACGCUAAUUUCGAAGAGUGGAUGGUUGGGUGAUUUUGAGGAGCAAAAAAAGUCAUUGCAACUAAUUUCUACCUCCACUGCAAAUGGAGCUAUGAAUCGGUUGAGACCAUCGGAGGAGGCUUUUCAUCGACGAAUUUCGGAAGGCCCUGUAAAAGUGGAAAAACCUGUUGAUGGAACUAAUUUUUUGACCACCUUUCCGCAAACUGAGUCGGAGCCGUGUUUUAAAGUGGGAAGAAAGGAGUAUGUUGUUAAUGACGAAAAAUGUGCUGGUAACAUGGGAUCCCUCACCGAGUCAAGAGCAUCCAGUGUAACCACAGAGAAGAUGGGUGGGAAGGAGAGGAAUAGGGAGGAAGAGUCAAUACAAUCUGGCACGUCUUCUGUUGGUGACUCUGGGAAAGUUGAGAUUGAAAAAGAGAAUAGAGGGGAGGAGGAGGAGGAGGAGGAAGAAGAAGAAGAUGACGAUGAGGGCGAGGAAGAGGAAGAAGAGGAAGAUGAGAUGACUCCCGACGAAGCUUUUAACCUAGCUACCGCAGACUCUUCCAGUGAGGACUUUUUACAAACUGGAGCGUUGGUCGUCGAAGAAGACACACCUCCUCCACCUCCUCCUUCCGCUUCACCUCCUUCGUUGGUCAUAUCGCCUGCACACACCUCGACCUCCCCACAAGCGUCCAUGGCGAAGAAAGAGGAUGAGGAGGGGGAGGAGGAGUCAAAGGGUCAGGUGAAAGCAAAAGACGAAGCGGCUGAGGGAAGUGGGAGUCAGAGUCCACCUCCGCAAAUAGAUCGUCACAUGCGUGCGAGUGCUGCCAAAAGUUUUUAUCAGUCGAUUGACAGCGCGCCAGAACGGCGCUGGAGCAAGCGAACCCUACCACUUGUCAGUGAUUUGGUGCUUCAAACCAUGUCUGCUCAAAAAAGAACGGCCAGUGUUCUACCUGCCAGCAUUGGACAAAGCACCACCUUGAGUGGAGCCGAUCUUAAGCUGUUGGUUUACCGAAAGACACUGAACGCUUUGGCGUAUCCGAUCUCGGGGAAUACACCGCAUAACUUCGAGGUAUUCAACGCCACCAGUCCGACUUACUGCUACGAGUGUGAGGGUUUGUUGUGGGGUGUGGCGAGGCAAGGUCUACGAUGCUCUGAAUGUGGUGUGAAGUGUCACGAGAAGUGCAAACGCCUGCUCAAUGCUGACUGUCUGCAGCGCUCCGCCGAGAAGUCGUCACGACAUGGCGCAGAGGAUAAGGCGCAAGCGGCGAUGAAUUCGAUGCGAUCACUGAUCCAUCGACGCCUAGCAGAUCGGCCGGACAUAUUUCGAGCGAUUUUCGACAUCUUUGCCAUCGACCCAGUCGAGGGCAGGGCACGGGCGGAGCGUCUGGCAGAAGUGGAGCGGAGCAUUCUCUCCGGCGCCAGUCAGUGGUCCGCCAAACUUGCAAUCACCGUGAAGUCCGCGCAAGGUCUGAUCGGAAAGGACAAAAGUGGUCGCAGUGAUCCCUACGUGACAGUUCAGGUCGGCAAAGUCAGGCGCCGGACGAAGACAGUGCCUCAGGAGCUCAAUCCCACGUGGGAUGAAAAGUUCUGGUUGGAUGAGGACAACGACUUGAAAUCGAAGAUUCGACAAAAGUUUACCCGCGAAUCAGACGAUUUUUUGGGACAAGCGAUAAUUGAAGUGCGGACAUUGGGUGGUGAAAUGGAUUUGUGGUACAACCUCGAAAAGCGGACAGACAAAUCUGCAGUUUCCGGUGCCAUCCGUUUGAAUAUCUCCAUCGAAAUCAAAGGUGAAGAAAACUCAGCCCCCUAUCAUAUUCAAUACACGUGUCUUCAUGAAGAAGAGUUGUGGCGAGUGUUUUUCGAUCCGCUGGGGCAGGAGAUAAGCGACGAGUUUGCAAUGCGAUAUGGCAUUGAAAGCAUCUUCCAGGCUAUGACCCAUUUUGCGUGCCUUACAACCAAGUACAACUGCGUCGGUGUGCCUGCCCAACUGUCGACACUGCUGGCCAACAUCAAUGCCUUCUACGCACACACCAGCUCCAACAACAGUCAAACCGCCUCAGAGCGAUUUGCUGCCAGCAAUUUUGGGAGGGAGAAAUUUGUCAAGAUCCUUGACAAUCUGCACAAUGCACUUCGAAUUGACCUCUCCAAAUACCGAACAAUAUUUCCCGCUUCGCAACCGGAACGGCUUGCGGACAUGAAGUGCACCGUCGACGUUCUAACCAGCAUCACAUUCUUUCGCCUUAAGGUGCAGGAAUUGGCAGCUCCACCACGAACCCUUCAAGUACUGCGCGAGUGCAUUCGCGCUUGCAUGAAGGCCACCUACGAGUGCCUCUCCGACAAUGUGCAAGCUCUCUACGGUGGAAACUUCCAGGCAUGCCGCGAGAAGUCGUCGGCUGAGUCGCAGAGCGAUAUUGACCCGGUGUUGGGAGUCAGGUCACUCUCCUACUGGCACAAACUGAUCUCGCUCAUGGUCUCUGUGAUUGAAGAUGACCGAAAGCACUAUGCGCCUGUGCUCAAUCAGUUCCCACAGGACAUCAACCUGGGCGACCUCUCUGCCGAGAUGAUGUGGAAUCUGUUGGCAGAGGACAUCUCCGUCGGCUUGACGCAACACUACGAGGCGACGGGAGAACAGAUUACCACCACGCGCCUCUCGAAGGCAAAGAUCAAGACCUCGGACUACCUCAACCUCUGCUUCCGUAUCAAAUGGUUUUACAACACCUACGUGAGACCAAGUCGGUGGAACCGGAAAGAGGAUGAUCCGGAGUAUCCGAAGUGGUUCGAACCGUUAGUGAUGCUGUGGCUAAGCGAGAAUGAUGAGGUGUCGGAGAAUUACCUGCGUAACGCCUAUGAGAGGGACAAGCGUGACGGAUUUCAACGUUCCAGUGAGCAUGCACUCUACUCCAACUCCGUGGUGGACGUGUUCACGCAACUCAACCAAUGCUUCGAUGUAAUUAGGAAGUUGGAGUGCCCGGAUCGAGAUGUGGAGGCAAACUACAUGCACCGUUUUGCUCAGACUGUGGAAAAGGUGCUGUUGGCCUACUCGGAGAGCGUUCAGCUGGACUUUGCCCAAUUCAAAAGCGAUGCUCGCACCGCAUGCAUCCUCAUCAACAACACUCAACAGCUACGCGUCCAACUGGAAAAGGUGUACGAGGCGAUGGAGGGUGAAGACUUCAACCUUCAUGAGGAGACGCGGGAACAACUGACAAAACUGCAGGUGCGUUUAAAGAACGCCGUUGAUCUGCUUGUCUUCGCCUUUGCUGGUGAGUUUGAGGAGGAUAUUCAAAGGAGCGUGCUGGAAAUGGGCCGUCUACUACAGGGGUGUAAAGAGACCACCUCUGGCGGUGGCAGUGCCGAGGGAAUGGAAGCCGAUUGCGAAAACUGUCUGCGCCCCCUCAUGGACUACUUUGAGUUGGUGCUGUCAGCUCAGGCCAGUUUGUGUGAAAAGACUGUGCUGAAACGCCUGCUCAAGGAACUUUGGCGCAUCACCAUGGAGAACACAGAAAAACUAGUCGUUUUGCCAGGCGUGUCGGACACCAAGCAGGACUUUGCCGGGGAGAGUUUAGUGGGGAGUAGAGACCUCACGCCCUACCAAUGCGAGGUCCUGACCAACUGCUUGGAUACUGUGCAGGUUUAUUUUCACGCUGGUGGUCGCGGCCUCAAACGUUCUUUCCUUCAACGCUCGCCUGAACUGCACAACCUGCAGCAGGCAUUGGCGCUCUAUUCGCAGACCACAGACACUCUUCUCAAGGACUACGUCACCACCGAAAUCUUCAUCAUGGACAUGAUCUCACCCGAUGAUGCGUGCGGAUACCUCAACGUUCAAGUGGAGGUCUUCAAGCAUCCUGGGACCGGAGAAUACAAAGCCAUCGUUAAAGGCAAGGAUUCCUCUUACCAUGGGGUAAUGGUCUCGGGGCUUUUCCGCCCCUUCGUCGAAGUCUACCUCUUUGGACCGCUUCUGACAGACUGCAAACGACGAUUCACGACAAAAUCCAAAUCGGGCACCAUCUCACCGCUCUUCAACGAGACCUUUGUCUACUACCUUUCAAGUCGCAGUGAUCCCGAGUGGUAUGAGUUGCAAUUUGUGGUGAAGGACUACUGCUUUGGUCGCAGCGAUCGCCUUGUAGCGAGCAGCCUGCUAACACUCUCGCAGGCACUUGACUUGGGUGGCUCGGCGCCAGUACGACUGCCACUGACGCGCAGACAGACGCAGUCAGAGGCUGGCUGGACCGUGCUGCGCAUCCUCUCGCAACGACUUGCCACCGACGAGGUUGCGCGGGAGUUCGUUCGUGUCAAAACGGAAUGUUGUUCGGCAGCCGGAACCUCCACCUUCAUUCAGGCAGAGUGA